AUGUCGGGAACCAGAAAGAAGGCCCUUCUCAAGGUGAUCAUUCUCGGCGAUUCGGGCGUCGGAAAGACGUCGCUCAUGAAUCAGUACGUGAAUCGGCGCUUCAGCAAUCAGUACAAGGUGAGAAAUGGAUUUCCGGGCGAAUGUUGCUCAAAAAAUAGUUUCAGGCAACGAUUGGAGCCGAUUUUUUGACUCGUGACGUCAAUAUUGACGAUCGGACUGUCACGCUUCAGGUAAUUCCAGAUUACUGGUAGAUUUUGCUGUAAUUUUUUCGGAAUAGUCGUCUUUUCGUCUAUUUUCAUUUGAAAUUCAAAUGUUCGCCUUCAGAUUUGGGACACGGCUGGCCAGGAGCGUUUCCAGUCGCUCGGCGUGGCGUUCUACCGAGGAGCCGACUGCUGCGUGCUCGCUUUCGACGUCACUAACGCCGCCUCGUUCAAAUCGCUCGACUCGUGGCGCGACGAGUUUCUCAUUCAGGCGAGGUUCGUGGAAAUAGCGAAGAACGGAGCGGAAAUUAAGAUUUUCAUACUCUAGCGCUGAAAAACCGGAAAAUGUGCCCGGUUUUUCGAUACAGAAUCAAAUUCCCUUAAAAUUGGUUCAACUAUUGUAAAUGUCUCGAAUUUGCAGCCCACGCGACCCGGACCACUUCCCGUUCGUUUUGCUCGGAAACAAGGUGGAUUUGGAGGCGCAGCGAGCCGUCUCCUCAAAGAGGGCCCAAUCGUGGUGCCAGACGAAGGGAAACAUUCCGUACUACGAGGUUUCGGCAAAGGAGGCGCUCAACGUCGAGGCCGCGUUCCUUGCGAUCGCUCGCGACGCACUCGCCAGAGAAUCACAGGUAAUAUCACGAACAAUGCGAUUUGGUGUAAUUUUUGUGUCGAAAUCUCAUGUUUUCCUUAAAAUAUACCAAUUCUUGCAGGAAACCAACGAUUUCCCCGAAUUUCCGGACCAAAUUCGUCUCAACUCGAACCAGCAAAAUCAGCAGAACUCUGGAUGCAAUUGCUAG